AUGGCUACCUUAUUUCCUUUUUCUCCCUUUACAUCAUACCUCUCAGGCGGCCAAGCGAUCAAGCGUGCCUUCGAGGCUCAGCCUUCUAUAUCAGGUGCAACGCCGGAUCAUGCCAACACAGAGGAAUCGGCGGCGCCAGCCCCCAAGAAGUCGAGGAGAAGCCAGCAGAUCAGCAGUGAGAGGAGGAAACUUCCCCAUACGGCCAAUAUUCCCGGUGGCAUCCAGGGGUCAUUCCAGACAGGGACUCAGGCCAUCAAGAUGGAGAAAACAACUCGUGUCCUCCGACCACGUAAACGUCGUCCGAUACACGUCGACUCUGUCGCAAGCACUGAUGCAAACAGCGGUCAGAUUGAGAGAAUAAAUGCCAACAAUAGUGACAAAAGCAAGGAAGAGGCUCUGCCGGAAGAAGAAGUUCCUGCUGCCGACAAUGACCACGGAGGAGACACAAACAGAUCCAAACGCAUUGCUCGAAGAACCAAGGAGAAUCCGUACGGACUGAUGCCAGGUCGCACCCCCUUCCCCGACUGGAGAACUCCGUUGCCCGAAGAAUGCGAAGAGGUGUACAGAAUUCUCACGGAAACACACGGGCAGUUCCAAGCCCCUGAAAAGAUCGCCCCGCCGUCGACAUCUGUGGCUGGCUGCGGUGAGGUCCCCGACCUUUUAGACGCGAUGAUUCGGACGCUCAUCAGCGGUCAUACGGCCAUGAAGAACGCCAAUUUAGCGAUUCAGGAUGUCAUCGCUAGGUACGGCCAGUGGGAUGAACAUAGCAUUGGCGCGGGUAGCAUCGACUGGAAUAAAGUCCGUCUCUCCGCGGAGCACGAAGUCGUCGAAGCUGUCAAGCGGGCGGGUCUUGGGCCCACCAAGGGCCGAGAGAUCAAGGCUAUUCUCGAGAUGGUGUACGAGGAUAACACGAAGAGGCGCGAAGCGUAUCUCCGCGAGAAAGAGACGGGUGAACCGGCCCCGAUCAGCGGGACUCACCAGCUCACGGCGGGGCAGAAAGAUCACCAAAUGAGCAAGAUUGAGACAGGUGUACUCACGCUGGAUCAUAUCCGUGGGAUGGCCCCUGACCAAGCCAUGCUGGAGCUCACCAAGUAUCCGGGGAUCGGCGUCAAGACAGCAUCCUGUCUCAUCCUCUUCUGCCUUCAGCAGCCUAGCUUCGCCGUGGAUACGCACGUGUGGCGGUUCUGCAAGUGGCUCAAGUGGGUGCCCCCCAAGGCAUCGCGGGAUGACACGUUUAUGCAUGCGGAAGUGCGAGUUCCCAACCAUCUCAAGUACGGUCUCCACCAGCUCUUUAUACGGCACGGCAAGCAGUGCGUCCGAUGCCGCAGCAUCACGGUCGAGGGAACUUCGGACUGGGAGUGCAGUGCCUGCCCCCUGGAGCACCUCCUCGACCGCUUCGACAAGCGCAAGAGCAAGGUCCAGCUCAAGGUGAAGAAGAAGAUUGUCCUGAAACAGAGUCAGGACGAUGAUACUAUCAAGGGCGAGGUCGUUGAGACUAUGCGGAUAGUUCAAGACGGUACCAGUGCCACGACCGUCGAGCUUGAAGAGACAAGCAGCCGAGAAGCUGUCCCGCACCCGCAGCUCAAUAAAGAAACGGACGAUGAGAGUGGGAGCAGCGGAGAAGCCGAUUGGUCUAUCGCCGAGGCAGAGACCAAGGAGGUGCAGGUCGGCGAAGGUCGAUUUCCCCAUGAAGCGGGCGAUGAUAAUGACCAUGUCCUUGUCGACUCGGUCCUGGCUGGCGGAAGUCAAAGUGAGGACGUCGAGAUGGAUUUCGACGCCACUGGGGGGGACCCGGAGGUUUCAGAAGUCAGUAACACCAUCUUCGACAAGUGAGAACAGGCAAGCAGAGGUUUUGCAAUGUCGAAUGUUCCUUAUCCCUCGGGGUUUUCUUUUCUCUUUUUUUUUUUCUCUCUUUUUUUUCUCUUUUUUUUCUCUUUUUUUUCUUCUCCUUUUUUUCUCUUCUUUUUCUCCUUUUUUUUCUCUUCUUUUU